AUGACAACAUAUUUCAUUCGCAACUAUAUAGAAAUCUUGAAGGAGUGUGGUGGAAUGAACAUUGAGAAACAGAUGAAGAUUUAUACAAAGAGAGAAGAUAAAUAUGUAGUUCGCAUGGAUAGAACUACACCGCUAUGGGAUGUUAUGAAAACAUUGUGGGAGUGCAAAUAUUUCGAACCUAUUUCUUAUGGAGAACUUUUCACAUAUACGACUGACUUAUAUAAACAGAACCUUGCACCAUUUAAAGAUUUGACAUAUGCUCCAAAGUAUUGUGUACAACUGAAGAAGAAAGCAGAGUCAAAAGAAGUAAAUAAAGCUAAAUGUAAGUUCAUUCCUGAGCAUGUUUUCUUUGCUGACUUUGAGUGUAGCACAGACGGCUUUCAUAAAGCUUUUAACAUCUGUUACGACAGUGAAGAUGGUUCAGUGAGUGAAAGCAUAUGGGGUCAAAACUGUGCAACAGAAUUUUUGGAGCGACUUCCUGACAAGAGUUUAAUAUAUUUCCAUAACCUCAGCUAUGAUAUAAACUUCAUCUUAAGACACAUGACAGAAGUGAAAGGAACUCCCAUCAUUAAAGGUUCACGAACAAUGCAAAUAACUGGUUUAUAUAAAGGACGGGCAAUUAUUAUAAAAGACUCUUACAGUGUUAUAAAUAAGAAGCUUAAACUAUUUCCUGCUAUGUUUAACUUACAAACAGGACCGAAAGAAGUAUUUCCAUAUAACUACUACAGCAGUACUUUGUUAGCAAAUGACAACAGAACUGGUGUCAUUUCUGAAGCAUGUAAGUUUAUCCAGGAUGCAGAUACAUUUCUGAAAAACAUAGAUUCCAUCAAAGGUUGCAGAAUAGAUGAAAACCACUUCGACUUAGAAAAAUAUAGCUCAUUUUAUUGCAAACAAGAUGUAAGAAUUUUAAGAGAAGGUUUUGUUAAGUUCCGCAAUGACAUAUUAAAGAAUUUGAUUUAA